UUUAACUUGGGGACAAUAUUUAAUGUUAUUCCUCUUAAUCACCCCUUUAGACAUGAUUUUAGUGUAUGACUUCAAUAGUGGUAUAUGUCCGCAUCUCAUUUCCCAAUUGCAAAGCGGGAAUUCAACUCAAAAAACCUUCACUGUCCACAGAGAUCAACAGUAGCAUCCUCCAACAAUGCGAGGCGCCGGACGACGCCCUACGAACUCUGUAGCACCGGACUGGCGACAUCCACCGCCGACUCCGACCGCCACGAAGGCAAACGACCCAAGGCAAUUUAUCGCCACCGGCGGCCGUGAUUCCGACGCAAGCUUCGCCAGUAGUCGGCCGUCAUCUGUCGGUGUAAACCCCCGGUCCGCCGCUAUCCCUAUCUCCGACCGCUCCUAUCAACUCAACGCCAUCCGUACGAUCAACGCUUACCUUUCCUCUCACUCUCUCCCUUUUACUCUCAAACCCCCUCUCCCUUCUGCUAAAGAUAUUACCGAAACCCUAAAAUUCAUCCUCUCUCGCUUUGGACUUAACCCCUCAGAAUCACAAAAACUCGACGAUGAUCUCCAAACCCUACUGAAAAGCCUAAACUGCCCCGUAAAAGUGAACAAAUCUGCAUUGCGUGCCCCUGGGACGCCUCAUUCGUGGCCUAGUCUACUUGCAGCGAUUCACUGGCUUGUUCAGCUCGGUAAAUUUGAUGAUCACCGGUUGAGUACCCGAGCUCAACAGCUUGCUUCGGAGAAUAAGGUGUUUAGGUAUACUGUUGAGAAUUACUCUCAUUACAUUAGGGGAGAAGAUAAAGAAGCGGAUGACUUGGAUAGUCAAUUUAUGCUGGAGUUGGAACAAGAAAAGGCGCGGUUGGUUGCGGAUGUGAAUGCUUCGGAGGAGAAUUUGAAGGCACAAGAGGCAAAGUUGGAGGCAUUGAAGAAUGGGCCAUCAGAGAGAGAGGUAUUGGAGAAUGAAAAGAGUGCGUUGGAGGAAGAUGUCAAGAAGUUCCAUUCUAUCAUUGAACAGUUACAAGGGCGUAUAACGACGGUGGAGAGGUCGUUGGAGGAGCAAGUGAAGGGGUUGGAGACUAAGGUUGCUGAGAAGGAGAGCAUUUAUGCGGAGAACGAGGAGUUGAAGAAGAAGGUGGAGGAGCAAGGGAUUAAUCCCAGGGAUGCAGAUAGGAUGAAGAGGGAGUUGCAUGCUUUGGAAAGGGAUAUUGCAGAUAUUGAGAACCAGAGGAUAGAAUGGGAGGAGAAGGGUUGGGACCUCGACUCUGCCAUUGGGAACAUGUACAAGAAGCUUGAGGAGCUAAUGAUCGAGUGCAACCAAUCUAUCAGGAGGUUAAAGAUAGGAAAUGAAUUUCAGUAUAAUUUGAAUGCCCAAGGGUCCUCAGAAGCGGAGGUCUUAGGUAUAGACUACAAAACAACAUUAAAACCCAUGCUUGCAUCAUUUGAAGAUGAGAUGAAGAAGAGUUCCAUGAUGAAAAUGGAAGAGUUGAUAACUCUCCAGCAACAAUCAGUUGAGAAGGCUUCCAAAAUAGAGUCAAAAAGGAAUCGUCUAACUACUCUUCAGGCUCACAUUGACAAUGUAAGUGUAGCCAGCAUCCUAUUGCCUUAUAUCUUUUUUCUUCAGCUAUGGAGUACUAGUGUUUCUUUUCCUCUUGUGCGCAUGUGUGUGUCUUUGCGUAGCUGAACUAUUUUGGCCUUUCAACGAUUGGAUUUGAA